AUGUCUGACACGGCUCAAAAUGGGUUCAACAUCCAAGCCUCCCUCUUUUUUGCCCCGGAAAAUAUACACAAAGUCUUUGCGGCACUGAAGCCAGUGUAUGAGAAGACGACCGCAGAAAAUGAUUGCCUUUCCUUCCAAGUAUACCAGUCACUUGAUGACCCUGGGCAAAUACUCUUAGUGGAAGAUUGGAAAACCUCUCUAGAUGACUACAUGGCGGAGAGGCUCAAGACUGAUUACAUGCGAGAAUUCUUUGCGAUUAUCGAGCCUUUGUUCGUGAAGACUCGUGAAGUCAAGGUAUUCAGCCGUCUUCCCCAGUUUCACAAUAUGAAGAUGUGA